CCUCUAUCUGAUUCGAAGUCUCCAGUGAGCUCGGAAAAGCUUUCUAAACCUAAAGUAACAGAGAACAUAAAAAAAAUCAAGGAACGUAUAAUUCAAACAAAUCAACUAUUACAACUUUUUAAGACUAAAGAGAAAGAACUAGCUCAACAUAAAGAAUGCAUCGCGUCCCUGGAGCAAAAACUUUCAAAAAUGAAGACACAGACUGCAUCAUUAAACAAGGAGAAUGAAGUUUUUCGACAGGCAGCACAACAGUUUCGUUCCGAAUUUGACAAGAUUAAGAAGGAAUUGGGACAAAAAGAAGUUCAGCUAAAAGAACAGGCAACAUUAACAAAUGAACUCAAGCGACUUCGGAUCGAAAAUGAAAAACUGGGAAAAAAAAACAAAUCACUUGAGGUGUUGAAAAGUCAAUUAGAGUGCAAAGUGCAGGAAAAUGAAGCCGCGAUGGAUUUGCAGGAGAAUCAAACAAAGGAGAUUGCACGAUUGAAGAAAGAACUCGAAAGAAAGGAACAACAAUAUAAACAGAGUCAAUCGGAAAAAGCUUCUGCGUAUUUCAAAUUGAAAAAACUUCAGAAAGAUACAGAGAAGUCUAAGGAGGCACUAUGCAAUAGGAUUAGUACUUUAGAGAUGUCGUCUCUGGAAAAGGAUACAAUUAUCGAGUCCUUGAACCAACAAUUGGAAGAAUUGAGACGGCAAGAAACUAAUGUUGAAGAUAUGAAACAGGAAAUAAUCAGGCUCACCAUUAUAGAGAAAUCUCAUGCUGACAAUUUAAAAGAACUCGAAGAGUUAAAGAAGCAAAUUAAACAAACCAAAGUUGUGAAUACGAGAAUAAAUAAAGAGCUUUUAGAACAGAGCAGAGAGAUGAGUAGGCUUAAAAAGCGGAGUGAUGAAUUUGAAAGGUUUAAAAAGGAGACGCAGGAUCUCCAUUUGAAGAUAAACAAUGUACAAGAACUAAUACAUCAUGAAAACGAAAAAUCGGUCAAUGUCUUCGCUCAAAGAGAUAAAGAAACAAGCCAGCAUGUUAUUAUACUAAUAGAGGAGAUUCAAUCCAUGAAAUAUGAUGUAGAAAACCUAGAAACUCAAAAGAAAGCCCUGCAAGACCUAGUUACUGCGCAACAAGUAGAAAUAUCGAGGUUAAGAAAGUUUCGGAGAUCUGUUUCCCUUUCUCGUGUUAAUGAAAUCGAACGAUUAUAUAAUAAACAAAGUGAAUCGUCACCGCAGGACCAAUAUUUAAAUAUUUCACCUGAUUGUGAUUCUUCCAUGCAAUUUCUUGCAACCUCCCCUCUGGAACUCAUAGGUUCAAGGGUCGAUGUGCAACCAUCGACUUCUGAAAAGGAUGUGAUAGAUGACAGAAGUAACGUGAAUAAGCUUAAAAGACGUAAAUCGAUAGAUGCACGUACAGAUAAUUGCCCUACAAGAAAUGUGAAGUCUACUACCAUAAUCACUUUGGAAGAUACAAUGAAACCGACGAAAAGGAAUCCCGGAAGAAAAAGGAAAGAUCCUGAAGUCACCUCACCUGCAUUGAAUGUUUUGUCGGCUGGUUCAGAGCAGCCAAAAAAAAGAAGAAUCAGUAAAAAGACUGAGACUGUAUUAAAAAACAAAGUAUUUUUUGAUCACAUUGAUGAUUCGACUUUCAUAAAAGAAAAGAUUAGUGAAUUUGGAACUUCCUCUCAAGAAGCCUUUCGAUCUAUGGAUGUUCUACAACAAUUUGCCUUCGAGAAAAGCGCAGUUUUCCUACAAGCAAUUGACGAAUUGAUUCGCGACAUCGACACACCAGCGUAUUUGGAAUCUAAUAGCAAGGAUGAUGCGUUAAGAAAUUUUUCACGAAAAGGCACUUUCCUGGUCCAAAUGCCUGCCGUGUUGCCUCAGAAAGAAAUCGACAUUUUACUGUUUUUACUAUUUCUCCUUAACGAAUUUCCCACGAAUAGCCUGUUGGAAAAGAUAAUUCCUUGGGUCAACGACAAAUUCAUUCUAUUUGGAAACAAUUUUGAUGAUUUGGCUGAUUUAACAUAUUGCUGUCUACCUUCACAGGUGCCACCUUUAGAAGAAAUUUUGCAAAGCCUUGUAGACAUUCUGCAGUCCGAAGAAUUUCAUAAUCGUUGUUCUAACGAAUAUCAUCAAGAGAAAUUCCGAGAAUAUUGCUUUAACCUCACAAAGUCUUUCGAACUCGCAACUUGUUGGUUGAAAUGGGAUGAAGUAUUCGACAAGUUCAUUGGAAAAAUUCUCUGGCCCCUUGUUAAAGAUGAAAAGGGAAGAGAUAUUCCUUUGGAGAUUAUCGGGGCGAUAUGUCGCCCAAGGUUAACGGAGCAUGAAGACAAGAUGGGAGUUGAUGAGAUAAGACGAAGAACAACACGUUUAACUCGAUCCUUGACUUUUUAG